CCGAGCUGCGGCUGCGGCAGCAGCACCGCGGGGACGCGGCGGCGGCGGGGACACGGCCCGGCUCAGGGCAAGGGGGUUUGCUACAGCCACACCGGGAGGUGCCGGGAUAAAGGCGGAUCUCAGCCCCGGUGCCCAGCGUCACCCGCUGUUCUCCGCCCGCCCGGGCGCCGCUGUGGGGAUGGAGGAGGGACGGCGGCGGGCGCAGCGCUGGGCUUGUGGCUCUGGGGAUCCUCGGCUCUGCCUUGGCGCUGAGGUGUGCUGACCAUGCUGCCGCUGAUCCCGCCCGUCUCCGAGACCCCUCUGGAGGAGCAGUUUUAGGGUUUGCUCUGCAGAUCCAUGGACCUGGACCCCCAUGCCAGCAUGCAGGUGGGGAUGAGGGUAGUCCGUGGAGUGGACUGGAAGUGGGGCAGCCAGGACAGCGGCGAGGGCAACGUGGGCACCGUGGUGGAGAUCGGCCGCACGGGCAGCCCCACCACGCCCGACAAGACCGUGGUGGUGCAGUGGGAUCAGGGCAACAGAACCAACUACCGCACGGGCUUCCAGGGGGCCUACGACCUGCUGCUCUAUGACAACGCCCAGAUAGGUGUCCGUCACCCCAACAUCAUCUGUGACUGCUGCAAGAAGCACGGCAUCCGAGGCAUGAGGUGGAAAUGCAAAAUGUGCUUUGACUACGACCUGUGCACCCAGUGCUACAUGAACAACAAGCACGACCUGUCCCACUCCUUCGAGCGCUACGAGACCGCUCAUUCCCAGCCGGUCCUCGUGAGCCCUCGCCAGAAUCUGACUCGCAUCACGUUAAAAGGGACUUUCCAGGGGGCUAAAGUGGUCCGUGGGCCUGACUGGGAGUGGGGUAACCAGGAUGGGGGUGAGGGCAAGACCGGCCGCGUGGUCGAUAUCCGCGGCUGGGACGUGGAGACCGGCCGCAGCGUCGCCAGCGUCACCUGGGCAGAUGGCACCACCAACGUCUACAGGGUGGGCCACAAGGGAAAAGUGGACCUCAAAUGUACUGUGGAGGCUUCUGGGGGCUUCUACUACAAGGAGCACCUCCCAAAAUUAGGGAAACCAGCUGAGCUGCAGAGGAAGGAGAGCACAGACAGGCAUCCCUUCCAGCACGGGGACAAGGUGAAGUGCCUGCUGGACAUCGACAUCCUGCGGGAGAUGCAGGAGGGCCACGGGGGCUGGAAUCCCAAAAUGGCUGAGUUCAUUGGGCAGACAGGGACCGUGCACAGGAUCACGGACAGAGGGGACGUGAGGGUCCAGUUCAACCCUGAGACCCGCUGGACUUUCCACCCUGGAGCCCUGACCAAGCUCAACACCUUUUGGGUUGGUGAUGUGGUCCGGGUGAUAGAUGAUAUGGAAACAGUGAAGCGGUUCCAACCUGGUCAUGGGGAGUGGACAGAUGAGAUGGCACCUACCCUGGGGCACAUUGGGAAGGUGAUCAAGGUCUAUGGGGAUGGAGAUCUGCGAGUGUCAGUGGGGGGACAGUCCUGGACCUUCAACCCUGCCUGCCUGACAGCCUACCAGAGGGAGGAGGAGGCCAACCUGAUGACCACAGACAGUGCCAAGGAGUCCAAAAGUACUUUGGUGACUGUCCUGGAGAAGCUGCUGUCCCAGAGGACAGAGUCAGAGCAUGCAGGGUGCCUGGUCAUUUGUGCAGCCCUCAACAACGCAGCUAAAAUCCGGGAGCUCCUCCAGAAAUACCCAGACAAGGUGGAUGCCAAGAACCAGGGCAGGACUGCCCUGCAGAUUGCCUCUUACCAGGGGCACCUGGAGGUGGUGAAGGCUCUGCUGCAGGCACACGCCAACGUCGACCUGCGUGACGACGAGGGGGACACGGCGCUGCACUACGCAGCCUUUGGAAACCAAGCUGAAGUUGCCCGUGUGCUGCUGGCCAAGGGGGCCAGUGCAGACCUGCUGAACAAUGCCAAGUGCACAGCCCUGUUCGUCGCUGUCAGCCAAGGCUUCACCGAGGUGGUGAGAGCCCUCUGUGAGCUCAACUGUGAUGUCAACCUCCCAGAUUCCCGGGGAGACACCCCCCUGCAUUAUGCUAUCACCAUGGACUACAAAGUCGUGAUUGAGAUUCUCACUGAAGUUCCCAACAUCGAUUUCACUGUCCAGAACUGUCAAGGCUUCAACCUGCUCCACUAUUCUGCCCUGAAAGGCAACAAGCUAGCUAUAAAAAAGAUUCUGGCCAGGGCUCGACAGCUGGUGGACUCCAAAAAGGAAGAUGGAUUCACUGCCCUGCACCUUGCUGCUCUCAACAACCACUUGGAAGUGGCUGAAAUUCUCAUCAAAGAGAACAGGGUGUUAUUGUCUGACAAAUCAGUCUGUCACCCUGCAGCAGCUGCUCAGCAGCUCUGUGGGGCCUCCAACUUCUUCCUUUCAGAGAAAUUCAUGCCCAUUUCUCUGAUUUGUAGGGAUAAUCACCAACUGCAGGCUUCUGGCUUGCUGGGAAAUGUGGAGCUGAACGUUGGGACUGCCAUUGCCUGCUACUUAGCACAAGAAGGAGCAGAUAUUAAUUAUGCAAAUCAUCGGGGAAAGUCUCCUUUGGACCUCAUCACAGAUGGAAGAAUUGUCCAGAUUGUCAAAGACUUCUCACAGAAAUUCAGGGAUCAGCAGGUUUCUUCUGAGAGCUCAACCAUCACCUGCAGCCUUCGCCGUGUGCACACCACGCCCAACACCAUGACCAACCUCAGUGUGUCCAGCGUGGCAGUGCCCACAGAGUGCCUGGUCUGCUCAGAGCUGGCCUUGCUCAUCCAUUUCUUCCCAUGCCAGCACAGUAUUGUGUGUGAAGAAUGCUCCAGGAGGAUGAAGAAGUGCAUCAAAUGUCAAGUGACAAUUACCAAAAAGCUGAAACAAGACAGCACGGAGGUGGAGUGCAGCCCCAGCUCGGAGUGCACGGAGCAGAGGAAGCUGAUGGAGGAGCUGCAGAGCCGCUACCGGCAGAUGGAGGAGAGGAUCACCUGCCCCAUCUGCAUCGACGACCAGAUCAAGCUGGUGUUCCAGUGCGGGCACGGCUCGUGCCCAGACUGCAGCACGGCGCUGACCGUGUGCCCCAUCUGCCGCCAGGCCAUCCGCGAGAGGAUCCACAUCUUCGUCUGAGGGUGCUCCUCCACCCCCAUCUGCCUCCAGGACAUCCAGGACAGGAUCCACAUCUUCCUCUGAGGAUGCUCUUCCUCCCUGUGCCCCAUCUGCCUGGGAGAGGAUCCACAUCUUCGUCUGAGGAUGCUCCUCCACCCCCAUCUGCCUCCAGGCCAGCCGAGGGAGUAUCCACAUCUUGGCUGAGGAUGCUGCUCCUCCCUGUGCCCCAUCUGCCUCCAGGCCAUCUGCAAGAGGAUCCACAUCUUCGUCUGAGGGUGCUCCUCCACCCCCAUCUGCCUCCAGGCCAUCCAGGAGAGGAUCCACAUCUUCCUCUGAGGAUGCUGCUCCUCCCCUGCCCUGACUGAGUCCCAUCUGCCCGGGAGAGGAUCUACAUCUUCAUCUGAGGAUGCUCCUCCCUGGCCCUGACCCCAUCUGCUGCCAGGCCAUCCAGAAGAGGAUCCACAUCUUCGAGGAUCCACAUCUUCAUCUGAGGAUGCUGCUCCACCCCCAUCUGCCUCCAGACCAUCCAGGAGAGGAUCCAUGCUGCUCCUCCCCGUGCCCUGUCUGCCCAGGACAGGAUCCACAUCUUCCUCUGAGGAUGCUGCUCCUCCCUGUGUCCCAUCUGCCCGGGAGAGGAUCCCCAUCUUGGCUGAGGAUGCUGCUCCUCCCCGGCGCCAGCCCUGCUGUGCUUCCUCCCUCCGCAGGGGUUUGGCUCCCUGGGAAAAGGAGGGAAGCAAAGGAGGGAUGUGCCAGGGGAGGAGGAAGAGGAGGAGGAGAAGGAGGAGUCCCCUCUGGGGUGUCCCAGGGAAGGGACAGUCCCUCCCUCACGUGUGCUGCUCAUCCACCACCACUGGACUGACCAUGCUUCAGAGCUGGGCUGGGCACAUCCUGGGGUGCUCCAGAGCUGAGCAGAUCCUGGGGUGUUCCAGAGCUGAGCAGAUCCUGGGAUGCUCCAGAGCUGAGCAGAUCCUGGAAUGUUCCAGAGAUGAACAGAUCCUGGGAUGCUCCAGAGCUGGGCAGAUCCCUGGAAUGUUCCAGAGAUGAACAGAUCCUGGGAUGCUCCAGAGCUGAACAGAUCCUGGGAUGCUCCAGAGCUGAGCAGAUCCUGGAAUGUUCCAGAGCUGAGCAGAUCCUGGGAUGCUCCAGAGCUGAGCAGAUCCUGGAAUGUUCCAGAGAUGAACAGAUCCUGGGAUGCUCCAGAGCUGGGCAGAUCCCUGGAAUGUUCCAGAGAUGAACAGAUCCUGGGAUGCUCCAGAGCUGGGCUGAGCAGAUCCUGGGGUGUUCCAGAGGCAUCCAGGAGAGCUCCCAGCUCCCGAGGAGGUCCAGGACCAGCUGUCCCAGGUGCCAGGGACAGGGAGGGAUGUCCCCAAGCCCCUGUGCACCCCUGGGGCUCAGCAGCCCAGCUGGAUGUCAGGAGUCCUAAAGACAGAGCGUGUGCCUUAGAGAAAAAGUAGUGAACACUGAUUGGAGAAAAUCUGUUAAAACAAAUAUUUCUGACCUCUAAGUGACACUCUUCUUCUUCUUCUUCUUCUUCUUCUUCUUCCAUAUUUUAUUUUAUUUUUUUGGCAGAGCCGUGUGUUCAGAGACUCCUGAGCUUUCUAUCCAUAAUGCCAAAGGCAGGUGUUAAAUACUCCAAUCAAAGUGUAAAGAAAAUAAAUAGUAAUAAUUAAGAUACGAGGGGGAGGAGGAAAAAAAAAAAAAAAAAAAAGGGAUUUCAUUUUUGUUUCUUUGUUUUGCAGCAAAACUUAAUAAAAUAAAAAUAUAUAUUUUCCUGAGCAUUAAAAAUGAAUGUACAAACAGUAGCUGUAUUGUUUUCCAGCUGAGUGGAGAAUUAUUACCACUCAGUCAUCCUGUAAAGUAAAUUUUGGUGGAAGUGUGGCUGUUUAUCUGGGGUCUGGUGAUACAGUGGUGCCCAAACCCCCUGUUUGUUACAUAUUGGAAGCAAUAUUUAAACAAACAAAGCAAAACAAAAAUUCCAGUG